AUGUCUCUCUCACUUGUCUCCAGCUCGUAUCUUGAAGAGAACUCUGCAAAGAUCAGGGCCAAGCCCGUUCCAUGGGAGGGCUACCAGAGAGCAGGUCUGAUCACUUCAGAGGAGCUCUCCCUCAUCAAGAAAGUCGACAGACAACCAAAGGCAAAGACGGAGUCGCUGCUGCUUUCGGAAUCGCCUACAUAUGCCCUACUAUACCUUCAACUGCUUAAAAAGCUUCAACGUGUUGACACCAUGCAAUCCAUCCUCGUCCUUAUUGCCGACUCAGUCUCCGACCACGAUGAGCGCAUACCUUUGUUCACUCGCGCUGUGGAGGUCGACCCUGAACUCCCUUAUCAUCCUUUAUUGCGGUUGGCAUUCAAUCUAGCCAUCGCUAAUCUAAAGGCUUACGUGCAUAGGACACUCGAAACUCAAGAUGACUUCGUCCAACUCAAGGCUGCCCAAAUCCUCACGGUCCUGCUUUGCUCCGAAUCCACGUUACUACAACCAACACUAGUUCGGCCCUUCCUCGCCACACUCUCAAACUUUGUCCAAGGAUCAGCACACAACAAGUGUGAUAUUGCAGUGCAGUGUUUAGAGGCACUUCUCGCACGCCCCGAAUGUCGACAGGCUAUUUGGGAGAUUCCUGGUAUCAUCGCGGGACUGGUCGAAAUUCUCAAGCACAACCCAAGCCCUCAAAUGAGCUAUCAGGUUGCGUUCUGCCUGUGGUUACUUUCCUUCGAGCAGAAUGUCGCCGAAGAGAUCAACAAGAGACACGACAUAAUACCCCUCCUGACUAGCGUCGCUCAGGCCGCCGUGAAGGAGAAGGUUAUUCGAGUGAUCGUCGCCACCUUUAGGAACCUAGUCUCUAAAGCUCCGCAAGCAAACCUUCCAGCAAUGCUCGUUGCUCAGCUACUGCCCUUUGCGAAGAAUCUAUGCAGCCGAAAAUGGUCGGAUGAGGAUAUCGUCGAGGACGUACAAUUCCUUCGUGAUGAACUGACUGCCAACUUUCAGAGUCUCACAACAUACGACGAAUACAGUUCCCAGUUGACUUCCGGUCAUCUGUCUUGGACCCCAGUGCACGAAUCGGAGGAUUUCUGGAAGGAAAAUGCGAUCAAACUCAAUGACAAAGACUGCGAGCAACUGAAGAUACUUGUCAAGCUGCUCCAAGAAUCGACCGAUCCUCUCGUCUUAGCCGUUGCUGCUCACGACAUCGGACAGUACGUCAAGCACUGCGACAAAGGCAAAAAGCUCGCGACUAAUCUCGGGGCGAAGACAAGGGUCAUGGAGCUGAUGACCCAUGCGAACUCAGAUGUGCGUUAUCGAGCGCUCUUGAGUGUCCAGCAACUUGUCAGUCAAUCGUGGGUAACCGUUUAA